AUGACCACAACCUCGCUGGCUCCCGUAUGCGAGACAGACGCACCGCCCGUCUCGCCACGUCUGAUACAGCGGCAAUCCCUCGACUAUGUCGUGCGGACAGGCAUCGCCGGCGGCCUUGCCGGUUGUGCUGCAAAAACGCUGAUUGCUCCGCUCGAUCGUGUCAAGAUCCUCUUUCAAACUUCAAAUCCAGACUAUAUACGGCAUGCGUCGCGUUGGAAUGGAUUGGCGUUGGCUGUGCGGGAUAUUCACAAGACUUCCGGGUUGCGCGGGUUGUUUAAAGGGCAUGCGGCGACGUUGCUUCGGAUAUUUCCGUAUGCUGGCAUCAAGUUCAUCGCCUAUGAGCAAUUCAGAUCCCUUCUCAUUCGCAGUGAGCGCGAGGAAGUGGUCUGGCGACGUUUUACGGCCGGUGCACUCGCUGGUUUGACAUCCGUCUUUUUCACCUAUCCACUCGAGGUGAUUCGUGUACGUCUAGCAUUCGAUACGCGGCAUCCUCACGGUGGCAUUGUCAGUGUCUGCAGAGAGAUCUACAAAACAAGUCUAGCGGAUUUCUACCGAGGCUUUACACCGACCAUGGUCGGCAUGCUACCGUAUGCUGGUGUUUCAUUCUUAACGCACGACGCCAUUAGCGACUUGCUCAGAACUUGGUCGAGCGCGAGAAAGAAAUCUCAAGGAACAGAAUAUGGACGCGCACCGCUAGCUGCCUGGGCGGAAUUGGUGAGUGGCGGUCUUGCUGGGAUGCUCUCACAAACGGCCUCUUACCCAUUUGAAGUGAUUCGACGACGUAUGCAAGUCUCGGGAGCCGUUGGAUCAGGUCAAUCCAUUGGCUUUUGGCAAACCGCACGUCUCAUCCUGAAGACAGCAGGACCAGGAGGGUUCUAUGUCGGAUUGACUAUUGGUUUUAUCAAAACAGUGCCCAUGGUCGCUUGUUCAUUCUACGUGUAUGAACGACUCAAAGUACAGCUUCAUGUCAAUUGA